AUGUGGUGCUACAGCUACGACAGCGGCUUCAGCAAGGCUCGCCGCGAGAUGAAACACGUGCUUGCGGUGUACGUUCUUCUGCUGAAUCCGGAAGACGCGGCGGCAAACAGGAGCCACGGACGAUUGAGGGUUCGACUGGCGACUGUGGUUGCGCGACAGCCCUCGCCGUCUUUCACGAUGGUAUCCUAUCGUCGCGACACAUCUCACCCAAACCAAGCGCCUACGACUGCUAAGUCGGCAGUGAGAGCAGCUCAAGCUAAUCUAAUCGAAAUCGCUGUGACAGAGCACUCUGAAGACCCGAUGUCCUCGUCAGAACAAUCCGCCACUGCCUCAACGUUUUUCUCGUCCGAUGCCAGCAAUUUCCCGACUCGUCAAGAGCCGCUCCAGCUUGUCAACGAUAACGUGGAGCAGGGCAAGAUGGUAGAAGAUGACUGGACCAAGCAUAACACAUCCGAAACUCAGCUAAGAUCUCAGGCGGAUCCUGAGUCAUUCUGCUGUCCCUUGUGCGAGCGGCCACUGACGUUGCAGUCGCAUUCGCUCCAGCUAAAAGUGUCGGAUCUGGCGUUUGGCUUUUUCUUCACAGACAUGGAUCAUCGCAUUCGAGGCCAAUGGUUGUUCACUAUCUUGCCGGUUAAACGAGAGCUGUCAUUUGAAGAAGACUCGGGUCGUGCACUCGCAGCGUUCGUGGGUUCCGACUUCUCAUUGGCAAACUUCGCUGUUGAAGGUGCAGAGAAAGCUACAACCACCACAUUAAACCCGAGCUUUGAGCGAGUGGUUCUCCGAUCGUUCGCAGAUCUGAUGCUGAACGCGUUUUCCUCUGUACGUCUUCAAGAGAUUCUCACGUCGACCGUGAUGAGCGAUGAGAUUGCGCAGGACGAUCCCAACACUCAAUGUGGACACUUCAAUAAGAUGAUUGUGGACAUUUUUGACGAGCUUACGCACUUGCUCGUAACGCAUUUCCACAGAAAUGUCCCACGAUGUGGACACAGAACAAUCGCUGCGCUUGUGGACGAUAUCCUCUCGCUGAUUUACUCCGAGCUGAAGUACCAAGCGCGACGCAGCGAAGUGACCGCACUUUUACUGCGCAAGGACGCUUUUCUUGAAGCUGAACUCCGAGAGCUGUUUCGGGUUUUCGUCUUGCAAGCGCAGCAACGCGACGCAAAGCCUCGCCGAGCUGCUCACGGGGAAUCUACUGGAAUAUCCUCUCUUCCAGACGUGUGGGCAAGAGGCAGCUCGCAAUGGCAUGCGCUUAGCUCCAACGCUAUGCCCCUCCGCCGCGAGCUGGUGGAUAUUCCAUGUGUGUGGAACCGGAGAUGGUUCCUCGAUCCGAAGUCGCUCUCGUUGGCCCCCUCCCCCUCAGCCGCAAGGGGCUACAGUGCAUCUCUGCUAUCGACGCUGGUCUUGAUCCGCAUGCUGGCGAGCGUCGACAUAGUGCUGGAAGGUACGCAACUGACCAUUGAAGCGGCGAUGUCUGAGACGACGCUGCAACUCCCUGGACUAUCGGACACAGUUCUGGAGCUGGAUGGCCAGACGCACGCAUUCGGGGCGUUGCCGAGUGGUCUGCUGUCCGCAUCGGGUGCUGUGUUGUUUGGAGGUUUCUGGGGUGUUAAGGCGUACAAGGGCUUCGUUGCGGACGAUGGAAUGUCGCUGGACAUUUCGUUGGCGGCAUUGACAAAUGUGUAUGCGUCGACAACGGAGAGAGAGGUGAUGGCUCAUCAGAUGCGCGUAGGAUUGGUGCUAGAUGAUACGCACGAUCCUCGUGGUGACCGCGUAUCUGUGAGCGCCGAGACUUUCGUGACAUGGCUUCCGCCGCAUCAUAUCAACGCCCACCCCUGGCAAUCGAGUGCGCUAACCGACCUUUUCGUCGAUGGUACAUCAGAGCUGGAAUGGUCACCGAUGGUGGAGAUUAGCGCGAUGUAUAUCGCCAUGCCACAGCAUAGCCUAAAUGGGUGA